GCUACAAUGGGGCUGGGGCUGAGGUGAGAGCGCCGGCCUCACCCUCCCCCGGCCCCCUCCUUCCUUCCCUCCGCCUUGGCCUGAGGAGAAAGCGGCGGUUGUCUUCCCGUAUUUUGAAGUUCAAAAGAUAUUUCACUGCAUAGAAGAUAUGGAUAAAGAAGACAGGAAGACUAUCAAUCAAGGACAAGAGGAUGAAAUGGAAAUUUAUGGUUAUAAUCUGAGUCGUUGGAAGUUGGUUUUAGUUGCUAUAGGAGUGUUUUGUUCUGGUGGCUUCCUCCUCCUCAUCCUCUAUUGGUUCCCGGAGUGGCGUGUGAAAGCGACAUGUAUUAAAUCUUCAAUUAAAGACUGUGAAGUGGUGCUACUGAGAACUACUGAUGAAUUCAGAAUAUGGUUUUGUGCAAAAGUUCGCUUUCUUUCCCUAGAAAGCGAUUCAAUUCAAAAGCCUAAAACUGUUCCUCAUAAGGUGUCAAAUGGCCAUGCUGUUCAUUUACCUGAAAGUCUUGCGGAAGAAAAUAAAUAUUCACAGGUCCAGUUACAAGAGGUAUGUGACCAAAUUCGAUUCUUCACUCACCACAGUGUAAAGUACUUUUGGAACGACACUCUGCACAAUUUUGAUUUUUUGAAGGGACUGGAUGAAGGUGUUCCUUGUACAUCAAUUUAUGAGAAAUACAGUACAGGACUGACCAAGGGGAUGCAUGCUUACAGAAAAUUGCUUUACGGAAUAAAUGAAAUUACAGUGAAAGUGCCUUCUGUUUUUAAACUCCUGGUGAAAGAGGUCCUCAAUCCUUUUUACGUUUUCCAGCUGUUUAGUGUUGCUCUGUGGUUUGCAGAUGAAUACUAUUACUAUGCCCUAGCGAUUGUGAUUAUGUCUGUAAUUUCAAUCAUAAGCUCAUUAUAUACCAUAAGAAAGCAAUACGUUAUGUUGCACGAUAUGGUGGCCGCUCACAGUACUGUGAGAGUUUCCGUUUGCAGAGUAAAUGAAGAAACAGAAGAGAUCUUCUCCACGGACCUUGUACCCGGGGAUAUCAUAGUGAUUCCAUCAAAUGGGACAGUCAUGCCUUGUGAUGCGGUACUUAUAAGUGGUACCUGCAUUGUUAAUGAAAGCAUGCUAACAGGUGAAAGUGUUCCUGUAACAAAAACAAAUUUGCCAAACCCUUCAGUGGACUCAAAAGGAAUGCAAGAUGAAACCUACGAUCCCGAAAUACACAAACGGCACACUUUGUUCUGCGGAACUAAUGUCAUUCAAACUCGAUUUUACACUGGAGAACUGGUCAAAGCCAUAGUAGUUAGAACAGGAUUUAGUACUUCCAAAGGUCAGCUUGUCCGUUCCAUAUUGUAUCCCAAACCAACUGAUUUUAAGCUCUACAGAGAUGCCUACAAGUUUCUGCUGUUUCUGGUGGUGGUGGCUGGCAUUGGUUUUCUUUACACGAUUGUCAAUAGCAUUCUAAAUAAGGUAGCAGCCGGUAUCAUCAUCAUCGAAUCUCUUGAUAUCAUCACGAUUACGGUACCACCUGCACUUCCUGCUGCAAUGACUGCUGGAAUUGUGUAUGCGCAAAAGAGACUGAAAAAAAUCGGUAUCUUCUGCAUCAGCCCCCAAAGGAUAAAUAUCUGUGGACAGCUAAAUCUUGUUUGCUUUGACAAGACUGGGACCCUUACUGAAGACGGUUUAGAUCUUUGGGGAAUUCAGAGAGUGGAAACCACCCGUUUUAUUUUGCCAGAAGAGAAACCUUGCAGUGAGAACUUGGUAAAAUCCCAGUUUAUUGCUUGUAUGGCCACUUGUCAUUCCCUUACAAAAAUCGAAGGUGUGCUUUCUGGAGAUCCACUUGAUUUAAAAAUGUUUGAAGCCAUUGGAUGGAUUCUCGAGGAAGCCACUGAAGAGGAAACGGCCCUUCACAAUCGAAUAAUGCCUACUGUUGUUCGUCCUGCCAAACAACUUCUUCCCGAAUCCAAGCCUGCAGCAAAUCAAGAGAUGGAGCUGUUUGAACUUACAACCACUUAUGAGAUCGGAAUUGUUCGCCAGUUCCCCUUCUCUUCAGCUCUGCAGCGUAUGAGCGUAGUUGCAAGGGUGCUAGGGGAAAAGAAAAUGGAUGCCUACAUGAAAGGUGCACCCGAGGUUGUUGCCAGCCUUUGUAAGCCAGAAACAGUUCCCAGUGAUUUUGAAAAGGUUUUGGAAGACUACACCAAGCAGGGCUUCCGGGUUAUUGCUCUUGCACACCGAAAAUUGGAAUCAAAACUGAAUUGGCACAGGGUGCAGAAUAUCAGCAGAGAUGCUAUUGAAAGCAACAUGGAUUUUAUGGGAUUGAUUAUAAUGCAAAAUAAACUCAAAGAAGAAACCCCUUCAGUGCUGGAAGAUUUGCAUAAAGCCAACAUUCGUACAGUUAUGGUUACAGGUGAUAAUAUGUUAACGGCUAUCUCCGUGGCCAGAGACUGUGGAAUGAUUCUACCUCAGGAUAAAGUUAUUAUUGCCGAAGCACUACCUCCAAAGGAUGGACAGGCUGCCAAAAUAAAUUGGCAUUAUGCAGACACCCUAUCAAAAUGCACUAAUUCACCAGCAAUUGACUCAGAGGUUAUUCCAAUAAAAUUGGCCCCUGAGAGCCUAGAAGACUUUCAGAUGACUCAGUAUCAUUUUGCAAUGAAUGGAAAAUCAUUUGCUGUAAUAUUAGAGCAUUUUCAAGAUCUUGUUCCCAAGUUGGUGUUACACGGCACUGUGUUUGCUCGCAUGGCACCCGAUCAGAAGACACAGUUGGUGGAAGCAUUACAGAAUGUGGAUUACUAUGUUGGAAUGUGUGGAGAUGGUGCAAAUGACUGUGGGGCGCUGAAGAGAGCACACAGUGGCAUAUCGCUGUCCGAACUUGAGGCUUCUGUGGCAUCUCCUUUCACCUCCAGAACUCCUAGUAUUUCCUGUGUGCCAAACCUUAUCAGGGAAGGCCGUGCUGCUUUGAUAACUUCCUUCUGUGUAUUCAAAUUCAUGGCUUUAUACAGCAUUAUACAGUAUUUCAGUGUUACUCUACUAUACUCUAUCCUGAGUAAUUUAGGAGACUCCCAGUUUCUCUUCAUUGAUCUGGCAAUCAUUUUGGUAGUUGUUUUUACAAUGAGUUUAAAUCCCGCCUGGAAGGAGCUUGUUGCACAAAGGCCACCGUCGGGGCUCAUAUCUGGAGCACUUCUCUUCUCUGUUCUGUCUCAGAUUAUCAUCUGCAUUGGCUUCCAAACUUUAGGGUUUUUGUGGGUCAAACAGCAGCCUUGGUAUGAAGUUUGGACACCACAAUCAGAUGCUUGCAACGUAUCAAGAGGUCCAUAUUCCAACUCUUCACAUUCUGACAAUGAGACUGAACAGGAUGCACACAAUAUUCAAAAUUAUGAAAAUACUACAGUGUUUUUUAUAUCCAGUUUUCAGUACCUCAUAGUGGCAAUUGCCUUUUCUAAAGGGAGACCCUUUAGACAGCCUUGCUACAAGAAUUAUUUUUUUGUUGUCUCUGUGAUUGUUCUCUACGUCUUCAUAUUUUUCAUCAUGUUGCAUCCAGUUGCUUCUAUUGACAGGAUUCUUGAGAUAGUGUGUGUACCAUAUCAGUGGCGUAUAACCAUGUUCAUCAUUAUUAUUGCCAAUGCCCUUGUAUCUCUCUUGGUGGAGAAUUUCCUCCUUGAUAUGAUCCUUUGGAAGGUUGUGUUCAGUCGAGACAAACAAGGAGAAUAUCGCUUCACUACACAGUCACCACAGGAGUCCGUAGAUCAGUGGAAAAGAUGCUGCUUAUCUAGGGUGUUCGGCUGUAGAAAGAAAACUCCGAAAGCAAAGUACAUGCAUCUAGCUCAAGAACUGUUAGUUGACCCCGAAUGGCCCCCGAAACCCAGAACCACAACCGAAGCCAAGCCUCCGGUCCGGGAGAAUGGAUCAUAUCAAGUCGUCACGAUAACGUAACAGUAAAUCUCAGUGGCAUCUUUCAGAGCAGUGUUCAGAAGAAUGUAAUUUGAGGCCCACUUUUGAUGUUUGUGUAUAUAUUGGACUAAUACAGAGUGCACAUGUCCACAUUUCAAACUAUGCCCAUUAAGAUAUCCAGGUCUUAAGGAUUGAUUUCCGUGUGUACAAGAGAGAGGAAGAAAAGACAAGAGGGAUACUGUCUCUGUUAUUUCAAGCAAUGACUUUAAUCUUUUUCCCACCCGGUAGGUUUAUAAGAAAACAGUGUAUUUUCAGAGAGUGUCCAUUCUUAUUGGUUUGGAAGAUAACUGCUGUUUUAUCUUGGGUGCACUUGUAGGCUUAUAUGCUUCAUGACUUACAUACUCUUAUGUACAAACCCAAGCUUUGGCGAAAGCUUGUCAGCUGGGUCUUAUUACUGCUGCGUGACUUUCGUGGGUCAUUCGUUUCCUGCUCUUUGACGUGCUUUUGCCUAUCGCAACUGUAAUUAGAAGUGCAUCACUUUUCACUGCUGGUAGUGGCAGAAGUCUCGGUUCUUCAAAGAAACGAUCUCUCUUCCAAAGAGCAUUCUGUACCCGGUGUGUUUGCUUAUGUUUUGUGUAGCCCCUGAGGUUGAGUUGGGUUUGGGUAGUUUUCAGAGGUGAUCGUGUAUGAUUUCCACUAAAACCUGUCACUAAAUUCCCUGCUUAUUUUUAUCCUCAGGGUUCUUCUUUGUCAUCUUUGGUGUUCCUCAAAUAUUGUAAAUUAGUCCUAUUUCACUGGGUUUCUGUAGGACGUUUGUGUCGGUAAAUAUCUUGAGAACUUUCACCGCAAUGUAGAGAUUCGCUCCGUACGGAUUAAAUGUUACUGGCUGGGUCUGUUAAAACCAAA